AUGAAAGAAAAGAUAACUGGGAGAGAUGCAGCCAAGGAAGUCACCAGGACCUCCAAGCAAUGGCCACCUGUUCUGGAGGAGGUUGAGAAGUUGCUCCUGUUCUGGAUUUAACAGAAGCAUCAUGCAAAGGACUCAGUGAUCAAGGCGAUCAUCUGCGAAAAAGCCAAGGCCUUGCACGCCGACCUCAGCCAGGAACGUCAGCAGAUGCAGAAGGCUUCAAGGCCAGCAGGGGGUGGUUCGAAAAGGUUCAAGACCAGAUCUGGCAUCCACAAUGUGGUCAGGCGUGGAGGGGAUGCAAGUUCCGAUGUUGCUGCAGCUGAGCAACUUGCUACGGAGUUCCUGGAGGUCAUGGUUUCAGAGGGCCACCUUCCACAGCAGGUCUUCAACUGCGAUGAGAUUGGACUCUUCUGGAAGAGGAUGCCAAAGCGUACCUUCAUCACAGAAGAGGAGACCACAUUGCCUGGCCACAAGCCGAUGAAGUACCGUCUCACCCUCCUGUUCUGCGCCAAUGCCAGUGGGGACCUUAAGAUCAAGCCCCUGCUUGUCUACCAUUCAGAGAACCCACGGGCCUUCAAGAAACACAAGGUGAACAAGGAGCAGUUGAGUGUUUUGUUGCAGUCUAACCCAAAGGCUAGGGUCACACGCCUCUUGUUUGUGAAGUGGGUCAAUGCGGUUUUGGUCCUGCUGUGA